AUGGACUACGAAGAGGCUGGCGCUGGAGACGAGCAUGAGAAGGAUCAGGACCAGGAACAGGACCAGGACCACACCGAUGAGAAGGCCAUCAACGAAGAAUACAAGACAUGGAAGAAGAAUGCGCCAUUCCUCUAUGAUAUGAUCCUGAGCACCGCGUUAGAAUGGCCCACUCUUACGACGCAGUGGCUGCCGGAUAAGCAAGAGGUCCCAGACAAGCCUUAUUCUACCCACCGUCUUCUGAUUGGCACGCAUACUACCGGGGAAGCGCAGAAUUACCUUCAAAUCGCCCAUGUGCAACUCCCAAACCCCAAUGUUCCAAACCCUGAGGAUUACGACGAAGACAGGGGAGAGAUCGGUGGGUAUGGCGGGGGCUCGAAGAAGCCCCAGAUGGAGAUCAAGUUCAACAUCGUUCAAAAAAUUGAUCACAAGGGGGAGGUCAACAAGGCCCGCUACCAACCGCAGAACCCUAAUAUCAUUGCAACGAUGUGCACGGAUGGUCGUGUUAUGAUCUGGGAUCGCUCCAAACACCCCAGCUUGCCCACCGGCACUGUCAACCCCCAGAUGGAGCUCCUCGGACAUGAGUCCGAAGGCUUUGCGAUUAGCUGGAAUCCCCAUGUGGCUGGCCACCUUGCCACCGGUAGCGAGGAUAAGACUGUCCGACUCUGGGACAUCACUACAUACACCAAGGGCAACAAGGCCGUCCGACCCAGCCGUACCUUCACUCACCACUCCGCGAUUGUCAAUGACGUUCAAUAUCACCCUCUUCACUCCUCUCUCAUCGGAACUGUUUCCGAUGAUAUCACGCUCCAGAUUCUCGAUACCCGCCAAGAUGACUCCACUCGCUCGGCCUCCUCCGCUGAGGGCCAGCACCGCGAUGCCAUCAAUUCUCUUUCCUUCAACCCUGCCUCGGAGACCAUUCUGGCUACUGGUUCCGCAGACAAGACCAUCGCCAUCUGGGAUCUGCGUAACCUGAAGCAGAAACUCCACUCGCUCGAGGGCCACACGGACUCGGUUCAGUCUAUCUCGUGGCAUCCGUUCGAGGAGUCAGUCCUGGCGAGUUCCGGCUACGAUCGUAAAAUUAUGUUCUGGGACCUCAGUCGAGCAGGCGAGGAGCAAACCCCGGAGGAUGCCCAAGAUGGGCCACCAGAGCUGCUGUUCAUGCACGGUGGACACACAAACCGUAUUUCGGACUUCAGCUGGAACCUCAGCGAUCCUUGGGUUCUGUGCUCGGCGGCUGAGGAUAAUUUGCUGCAGGUAUGGAAGGUGGCAGAUGCCAUUGUGGGCAAGGACCUCGACGAUGUCCCCACAGAAGAGAUUGAAGCGUAG